AGAGUGGAGAAAUAAGUCAUGGAUAGUGCAGGAAACCGGAUUUAUUCCCUGAUUUUAGUAACGUUUCACCCAUUUUCCAAGUCCCAAGUGUUGGAUCCCGUUCCCCAUGGGUGAAUAAUGCCUUUUCCGAGGGAAGCAAUGGCACCCUGUAUCCGGAAAGGGCAACAGCAGGCAAAUGAGAUGGGAGCUGAGGCCCAGGAGGAUGCGGCCGCUUGAAGCAGUUUAACAAAGCUGCUUCAAUCCCUGAUAGGAUUAGUGCCUGUUUGCAGGUGGCUUUAGGAAACCUAGGUGUUAUUGGGCUUCCUCCCUGUGGCAGGGGAGGGUGCAGCUCCUGCGGGCAGCAUGGAGACCCUGAGGAACCGGACGGUGCAGGAGCUCCAGGAGCUGCAGGAGAACACGGAGGAGAUCGAGCGCCUGGCGCUGGAGUCCCAGGAGGUCCAGGAGCUGCAGCUGGAAAGGGAAAUGUCCCUGGCUGCCAACAGGAGCUUGGCUGAGCAGAACCUCAAGUUCCAGGCACCGCUGGAGACGGGGCGCACGGAGCUGGGCAGCAAGUACGAGGAGCUGCAGAAGCUGGCUCAGAGGUGCCAGGAGCAAAAGGCAAAGCUGGAGAAGUUCUCUGCAGCACUGCAUCCCCAGACCUUGCUGGAUCUCCUGCAGGUGGAAAGCCAGAAGAUUGAAGAGGAGUCUGAGCAAAUGGCUGAGAAGUUCCUGGAGGGCGCCGUGCCCCUGGACACCUUCCUGGAGCAGUUUUCCAGCCUGAGGAAGCUGUCCCACUUGCGCCGGGUGAGGGUGGACAAGCUCCAGGAGAUCCUGAGGAAGUCGGGAACGCCGCAGGAGCCUCAGGAGCAGCCAGCUCCUCACGGACCUGUGCCCACAGAGACCCCAAAGCCUUCAGCAGCUCCUUCCUUCCCCCUGCCCUACAGCCCAGCCCCGAGUGUGCCAGCUGGGCCCACAGCCCAUGGAGCUCUGCCCCCUGCUCCCUUCUCUGGCUCCCCAGUCGCCAUGGGGAACGCCCAGCCCACCUUUCCCUAUAAACCUCCUCCAGCCCCAGCUGCUGAAGCCGGCUAUCCCAAACCCCCCUCAGGAGGCUCUGCUCCAGCCCCGGGUUAUUCCUGGUCUCCAUCCAGGGGCCCACCUCAGCCCCCCCCUUUUCCUGGCUCUCAUCCCCCUCCUCUUCCACCCCCGCCCAGACCCGGAUACCCUCCCUUCUUCCCGCCUGGAGCAGCGAGGCCCCAGUGUCCGUACCCAACCCAGCCUCCUCUCCCGAACUUCCCAAUCCCCCCCCAACCUCCUUAUCCUCCUGGAGCACCUCCACCCUUUGGAUUCCCCCCACCUCCCAAUCCCCAGCGCCCUGCUUGGCCUGGCUACUAAACGUGGGACUCCUGGCUCCUGGAAUGUGGGACAUCUGCUGCAGUCCCCUCCUCUGUUUCAGGGAGUGAGGAGGAAGAGUGAUGCUCUUCAACCCAUGGGGGCAGAAGCAUUACACGGGCAGCAGCACCGGGGGUCAGGCAGGUUGAUGCUGUCCCCAUGGGCCACAUCUCCUGAGGUUUGUGCUCAUCUGAGGGGGCUGGAGUGGCCAAUCCCAGGUGGAUUCAUCCAGGUUUUGGUGUGAAAUCCAGGUAGACCCUGUGGUACUCGAUGGGAGGUGAUGGCAGCUCCAAGAGCCAGACCCCCUCUGUGUGUGCAAGAGAGCAUGAGCGUGCAAGAGUUGUGUGCUCUAUGGGUCUCAGAUGUCAUAUCCUAAUCCUAAACCUUUCCACGAGUGCUCAGAGGACACUUUGGGAAUCUUGGACAGUAUUCCUGGCACAAAACCACCCGCUGCUUGCCCCACAUCCACCGGUUUGGGGCCCCAAAGCAGUCCUGGGAUGCGCCUGGAAGCGAGAGGCAGAGCCAGCCUGGCUUGCAGGGCAUUCCCAACAGGUUGCAGCAGGGAGAAACAGCUCCCUGGAUGAGCCAGGCCUUGGGAUCUAUCCAGGUGUUAUCCUUGGAUGUGGGAUAACUUCCGCUCCGGCUCUGCUCAAGCCCAUCCCAGCACUGCCUCUGCCUGUGUGGUGAGUCCUGGUGUGCUCCAAAGCAGAGGCAAUUCCCAGUUUGGAUGGGCCCCAGUGAUCCCAGCCCACUGGGAAGCACAAACCUCUUCGCUCUGCCACUGUUCCCUGUCCCACCAAGGGUUUGGAGCCUCCAGUCCCUUCCCAGGGCUCACUGCAUGGAUCUUCUCCAUGGUUUUGAUGUAAACCAGGCUGGCACAGUGACCUGGGGCAUCGCUGCUUUGCAUCUGGGAGUCGGGAAUUGGUGCUUCCCAUAUCCCAACCUCUCCCAUGGGGAGAGCAGAGUUGUUAUUGAGGUGCCCCAGGCUCCAGCUUUCCUUACAUCCCCCUUCUCAGGUAACACUAACAGAAGGAGCGCCGAUGCGGGAUGGGAAUGGGAAUGGGAUUGCUUUGCUCAGCACUUUAUCCUCCAGCUCCUGCCUGUCUCCCUGUAAGUUAUUUAUCAGGAAUUGUUACUAAUGGCCUAGGACAAGGUUUGAUGGAAGGCAUUCCAUAGCUCUGGUUAAUGGCAGUAAUAAAACUCGAUGAACUG